AUGGCGGUCAGCUUCGAUGCUAUCAUCGUUGGGGCAGGCUUUGGGGGUAUCUACAUGUGCAAGAAGCUCGUGGACCAAGGCCUAUCGGUCAAGUUGAUUGAGGCAGCGCCAGAUGUUGGAGGAACUUGGUAUUGGAAUCGGUACCCAGGGGCGAUGUCGGACACUCCCUCAUUUCUUUUUCGUUAUUCCUGGGAUCUUGACGAUCUUCGUCAGUACCCCUGGGCCCGGGAAUAUCUGAGGCAACCAGAGGUGCUCGCUUAUCUGCAGCAUGUGGUAAAGCGACAUGAUCUCCGCCGACAUAUGCAAUUUAACAACGAGAUGACAGGGGCUUCAUGGGAUGCAAGCCUUUCUCGCUGGACAGUUUCACUGUCCCCUGUAGCGGAGAGACCCCUCACCUGCCGCUUCCUCAUCAGUGCUCUCGGGCUGCUCUCCAAACAGAAUUAUCCGGACAUCCCCGGCUUGGACUCUUUCAGAGGUGAGAUGUACCAUAGUGGUAGCUGGCCUGCCUCGUACAAUUUCGCGAACAAGAAAGUCGGAAUCGUUGGCAGUGGAUCCACCGGCGUUCAAAUAAUCACCGCAUUGGCAGACGAGGUUGAACAACUGGUCUCAUUCCAACGGCACCCCCAAUACGUUGUGCCCGCAGCAGAUCGAGAGACAUCUGCCGAUUCUUGGUGUAGUAUUGCAUGGGAGCAAACUUGGCAACAGGUGAAAGGCAGCAUUUUGGGCUUUGGGUUUGAGGAGAGCGCCAUUCCUACUUUCAGUGUCAGUCCCGAGGAGCGCCAUAGGAUCUUCGAAGAAGCCUGGGCGAAGGGAAACGGCUUCUAUUUCAUGUUCGGCACUUUUUGUGAUAUCACCUAUAACGAACAAGCCAACAAAGAAGCCCAGGACUUUAUGAGGAGCAAAAUCCGCGAGAAGGUCAAGGAUCCAGCCAAGGCGGAGAAGCUCCUUCCAAAAGACUGGUUUGCCCGUCGACCACUCUGUGAUACAGGGUACUAUGAGAAGUUCAACAAAUCCAAUGUGGAUGUCGUCGAUAUCAACGCAAAUCCGAUAUCCGAGAUCACUCCCAAGGGCAUCCGGACCCAAGAUGGUGCCGAAUGGGAAUUUGAUGUUAUUAUUUUGGCGACCGGGUUUGAUGCUGUGGAUGGUAACUACAAACAUCUAUCGAUCACCGGUUCCCAGCGAACUCUGGAAGACACUUGGAGAGAAGGGCCAGAGUCAUACCUCGGUAUCUCGGUCUCCGGUUUCCCAAACCUGUUUAUGAUCACGGGUCCGAAUAGUCCAUUUACCAACCUGCCUCCUACAAUUGAAACUCAAGUUGAGUUCAUCUCCCAACUCAUCUUGGAAGCUAAUCAGUCCGCUUCAAGUAGCUCUCGGCAACCUUUGGUGGAGGCCGAACCCACGGCAGUUCUGGAAUGGACCCGAAUAUGCGACGAAUUAAGCAUCAAUAGUCUGUUCCGGAAGACGGAUUCUUGGAUCUUUGGUGCCAAUGUUAUCGGAAAGAAGCCAUCGGUUCUGUUCUACUUUGGUGGUCUUGCAAAUUAUCGGAGGACUUUGCAGAAUGUGAUGGAAAAUAACAACAGGGGAUUCAAGCCCUUUGGGAUCUGA